AUGGCGCAACCACCGUCAACGCGCCUGUUGCGAACGUGGCGGCCACUGAGCAACCCAUCUAUCUGCAACCGAUGCCUUUAUUCGCGACGAACUAUAGCUACUCAAGCGGCUGUAGCGGAACAGCCAUAUGCAGAGCUUGAACAGGAGUCGUCCCUCGUACCAGUCCAGAACCUGCAUCCUAAAGCCCAGAGUUUUGAUCCUCUGGCAUUCUCGAAAUCGAGGAAGCGACAACUUCCUCCCAGCAGGUAUCGAUUCCGAAGUCCCAGAUAUGAUCGUGGUCCUAUGCAUCCUCAUCAACCUUUACAUCCUUCAGAUCCUGCCAGUCGAGAAUUUGUUCCUGGCCCCUUCUCCUCCCCACGAGUCGAGCUUGCGUACCACAACAUCAUUGCUCCUGAUUUCAUGACAAUGUGCUACCAACAUACACCCCCCGGAUUCAGGCCGACGGAGAAGGCACCUCGUUUACGUUCUUGGGAGGGAGAUAACCCAUACUUCACCAACAGACAAUUACGCGGACCCCGUGGUGGGGACGUCCUGCGACUGUUGAGGAAACCCAUCACUUUUCGCAACGUACCGAUGGUCGAGCGAGUUACGGUCCAUGCCUAUUGCAAAGGCGCACUCAAGGGAGGCUCAGGCUACCUCCACGUUGCUGGAAUGAUUUUGCAGGCAAUCACGAACUAUAGAGUCGAGAUACACCGGGCCAGAAACAAUGAACAGACCUGGGGUUUGAUCAAAGGUCGGCCAGUCAGCAUGACCGUGGAUCUGAAGGGCGAGGACAUGUAUCAUUUCCUCGGCAAGUUGAUCAAUGUCGUCUUGCCACGUAUCAAGGACUGGAACGGUGUCAGAGCCACAACAGGCGACAACAGUGGUAAUCUGUCUUUCGGUUUGAAUCCAGAUGUGGUUGCUGGCUUUCCAGAGAUCGAGAUCAACUACGACGCCUACCCGACCAAGAUGAUUCCGGGUUUGUACAUUACUGUUCAUACCACUGCCAACCAGGAUAAAGAUGCAAGGCUCCUCCUUCAACAACUCGGCAUUCCUUUCUAUGGCAAGAUUGUUGAUUAG